ACGUAACAAUGAAAAUGAUCGCAGAGACAUCUAGCGGAUUCUUGCUCUUUUUUUUGAUAUCGGGACGACAUUCGUUCGCAAGUGUCUUGGUGAUUUUAAAAGAUUAAAAAUAUGGCUUGUUCUGUAGUGCGGAGUCCUAUUUUACGAAAUCCUUCGGUUCGCCAUUAUGCACUUGCAGCAGCGGCUCAAGCUGCUGUACCAUCUCCAGAUGUUCAAGUUUUAGGAAAUAAAAUCACUGUUGCUGCUGUUGACUCGAAUAGCCCUGUAACACAAAUAUCUAUUGUUUUCAAAGCUGGUUCUCGAUAUGAAACUUACGAUACUCAAGGAAUGUCUCAUCUUCUUCGAAUAGCAGCAGGACUAACAACUAGCCGAUCUACUACUUUCGGAAUAACAAGAAAUAUUCAACAGCUUGGAGCUAAUUUAACUGCGGCUUCUGAUCGAGAAACUAUUGCAUAUACAGUGCAAGUCCUUCGCGAUAAAGUAAGCCAAGCCUUGCCUUUCUUGGAAGACGUGGCAACUCGUCAGGUUUUUAAACCAUGGGAAGUUUCUGAUUCUUUUCCAAGGUUACGAUACGAAAUUUCAACUGUUCCUGAGGAAUGCCGAAUUAUUGAGCUUUUGCACAAAGCAGCUUAUCGUACUGGUUUAGGUUUCUCCCUAUAUUGUCUAAAAAGACAAAUUGGAGAAAUUAGUUCUGAAACACUUCAACAUUAUGUUUCAACUUGGUUUUCGGGAUCAAGAUGUGCAGUAGUAGGAACUGGAAUUUCUGCCUCAGAACUAAGUUCCUUCGCUUCGCAAUUGCAAGUUAGUUCAAGUGACUGUAAAACGGAAGCAUCCAAGUAUUAUGGUGGUGAUGCUCGUAAAGAACGCAAUUCACCAGUGGCUACUGUUGCAUUAGCUUUCGAAGCUUCUGGAUUGGAGAAGGGAAAUGAAGCUCUAGCAUUUGCAAUUUUGAAAAAUGCUGCAGGCACAGGUCCUUGCGUAAAAUGGGGAAGCGGUGCAUCUCCUUUAAUGAAGGAAUUGACAGCUGCAGCAGGUACCGAGCCUGUUGCUGCAUCAGCAUUUAAUGCAAGUUAUUCUGAUUCUGGUUUAUUUGGAUGUAUCUUGCAAACAACUCCUGACGUAGCAGGACAGGUUACAAAAGCAGCAAACAAAUGGCUACGAUCUGCUAAUAUAUCAGAUGCUGACAUUGCACGAGGUAAAGCAGCACUAAAAGCUAGUAUUUUGGGUGCAACUGAAUGUGGAGAAACGCAAUUGGAAAAUCUUACCCAACAAGUUCUAUUGAGGGGAAAAGUAGUUACACCAUUAGACCUUGCUGCUGAAGUAGAUAAGGUUUCGGCUGCUGAUGUUAAAAAUGCAGCCAAAAAAAUCAGCAGCGGACGACCGACAGUAGCAGCAAUUGGAAACAUUAAAACUGUUCCCUACUCUGAUCAACUAUAAAGCAAUUAAAUUGUAAAAGAAGCAGUAAUUAAAUAAUUUACAAUUUCUUAUUUAUGUAAGUGAUGGAAACCAUGUUCAAUUGUUAUAUCAACUAUAUAUGAUAAAGGAUCGUGUUUUGCAUCCAUUCACGUAACUGUGUAAAUAAUAUAAUAAAUACAUGAAAAUACAAUUAAAAAAAA